AUGACAGUCACGUCACUAGACAGUGAGAGCCAAUUACGAGAGAUGUAUCCGACGUCACGUGACAUUCUAAAUGAAUUGCACAGUGAAGGAGCUCACGUUCGACACGAAGUGAACGCGACAAAGCUUGAGAGAUACUUGUUCCACAACGAUGGCAAUGAUCCAGUCAAGUUCAAUCGAGUUGUGUUCAAUUUUCCACAUUACGUAGCAGGUGGAGGUGUGGGCAACAAGGACAAAUGUAACAAAAUUCAUCGUCAUCGGCAGCUGCUGCUCAAUUUCUUCACUAGUGCAAGUCAAGUGCUAGCACAUGACGGACAAAUUUGGGUCACGCUUUGUGCUGGACAAGAAGAAACAAGUCUAGAGACGAAGACACGAUCAGCGGGAGAUACAUGGCAGAUUGUUCACUGCGCUGCAGCAGCAAAGUUGUUGCUGCAGGACGCCCACGACUGCCCAGUUGACGCAUUGGCUGACUUGGGGUACUACAGCGUCGGGUAUCAAUCGCGAGACAAGGCUUUCUGGAUAGGAAACGGCAUCACGAACGUGUUUUGCCAUGAAGCUACAGACCACAAGCCUUGUUUUUCUAUUCAGUGGACACGCGGCAUCAGCUUUUGGGUCACUGACGAGCAAUUGUUCACAGAGGAUCUCUUACUUGACAUUAUAAGGAAACACUUUUUGAUCAAGACGAUGACUGUUUCGAUCUCAUUGCUCGACGAGUAUCGCUGCGUAAAGAGCGGCAGGAAGUCGGUCACUUACCGAUUUAACAUUUUGUCUUUUUCCCUAGCACUCUUUCGUGACCGUGUGAACACAUUAGUAGAGACACACUUAGACCAUUGA